GCGUUCCAAAAUCCACAUGUACAAGUGUGUCACCUGUCUUAUCUCUCCUUCCAGUUUUGUCAAGACAGCAGCAGGAACGUGACUAUCCUCGAGAUAAUGUUUCUGAUGACGGAGUGGAUCACCAGCAAAUAGGUGACAAAACACGACGACCAGCCUGCCAAGGUGCACGCUUCCUGAAUAUGUGGGAGGGAGUUGAAUGAUAACACGGCAGAGCUGAAGAACACAUGCGUCGAUGGGUACCAGUGCUCAGAGAUAUGUACAACCUAUUGGCUUCGCUCUCAGCGCUUAGAAUCACCUUCGCUUGGGAAAUAGGGAUUCGUGGGACUAUAUAGUAUGAUUCAACAUAGCCUGACCGUGCUCCCCCCCGAGAAUCAGAGCCAGACAAUGAAUCUAGGGCUGAAAAACACGCAUGUCCUCGUAACAGGCGCGAGCGGAGGCAUCGGCCUCGAGACCGUCAAGCUUUAUCUGUCCCUCGGCGCAAAUGUGACUGCACAUUAUAACUCUAACUCCAAACCCAUCCAGACUCUCCAAGUCAGCUUCCCUGCACUGCAAUGCGCACAAGCAGACCUCUCCUCUGAGUCUGCCGUGAAGAGCAUGUUCGACGCGCUCUCGGGAACGCCGUUCGGUCCUGUGGCAGUAGUCGUGGUCAAUCAUGGCAUUUGGCCACCCGAGGACGUACCCAUCGUCGAUAUGGCCAUCGAACAGUGGGACCAUACCAUCAGCGCAAACCUCACCUCAAGCUUCCUGGUCUGUCGUGAAUACUUGCGCCACUUGCGUGCAGCAACAGAAAGCGUGAAAGACAAGGCUGCAAUAGUGCUCAUCGGGAGCACAGCAGGCAAAUACGGCGAGGCGAAUCAUGGCGAUUAUGCUAUCAGCAAAAGUGCGAUGAUGUAUGGCUUGACGAUGACGCUCAAGAGCGAGAUUGUGAAGAUUGCACCAAAGGGACGUGUGAAUUCUAUUGCACCUGGAUGGGUCUCGACGCCGAUGGUACAAGAGGCACUGGAUGAUCCGGCUGUCAGCGGUCCUGUAUUAGCUGCCACUCCCCUGAAGAAAUUAGGAACGCCUCUCGAUGUUGCAAACCAAAUAGCGGUUCUGUCUUCUUCAGUGGUCUCGGGACAUGUAACUGGGCAAGUCAUCUUCAUAGAAGGCGGUUGUGUAGGGGACCUUUGAGUAACUAGCAACGAGUGAGUGGUUUGAAAUACACGUUUAAUCAUCAACUCUGG